AUGCGACCGCUCAGGUCGGUCUACCGGAUUCUGGACAACUGUCGAAGGCGCCGAUGGUACAGCAGGAACAGCGGUGGCAGCAGUUGUCGAGUUCUCGAUGGCCGGGCAUUGGCCCACUGCAGAGAAGAGACCUUGAGACACCUGGUCGAGAGCGUACGCCGAGCCCCAUGUCUCACCGUAGUUCUCGUGGGCCAUCAGCCCGCCAGCGAGGUUUACGUCCGGAACAAGCAGAUGGCUUGUGCCAGGGUGGGAAUCGAAUUCAAACUCCUGCGAUUCCCUGAUUCUAUCGAGCAGCAUGAGCUAAUCGGAGAGAUUCACCGACUCAAUCAGGACUCCUCGGUCCAUGGAGUGCUCGUUCAGUUGCCUCUGCCGGCAGCUCUGGACGCGAACCAGGUGUGCAGCGAGGUUAUUCCAGUCAAAGAUGUCGACUGCUUCACUCCCGAGAACGUUGGUAAGCUGUGCCAAGGAAACCCCCUGUUCAUUCCCUGCGCACCCCAGGCUGUUCUAACUCUGCUCGAAGAAGCUGGAUCUCAGUUGGAAGGUGCGAAUGCUUUAAUGAUUGGUCGAUCGAAAGUCGUUGGUUUACCUCUGUCGAUGAUGCUCGGCCAUCGAGGGGCUACGGUCGCGACGGCUCAUUCGCUCACGCCCCCUCAGAACCUCGAGGAACUGUGUCGGUGGGCCGACAUCGUCGUCUGCGCUGCUGGUGUCCCUCACUUGGUACGCGGUAACAUGGUGAAGAAGGACGCAGUUGUUAUCGACGUCGGAAUCAAUCGGUUGCCAAUGGGAGGAAUCGUCGGCGACGUCUACUUCGACGAAGUUAUACAGAAGGCUUCCGUGAUUACACCGGUCCCUGGUGGCGUUGGACCGCUCACCGUAGUUUCGUUGCUAGAAAAUACGAUGUUAGCCUACGAGCUGUUGUAUUUCUGAAGAAGAGUUCUCUCUUGUAAAUAGGACCUCGAAUACGAGCUCUGUAUAUAUCGGGCGGGUCAUGUUGGAGUGGGAGUUGAGAAAUCAGAGUGUUUUGGAAACGUCAGCAGAAUGGAGAGGAAAGCUCCGAGGGGAGGGAAGUGAAAAAUAUGGUGAAAAUAAAAAAACACAGAGGGGGAAU